AUGAUAUUGCUAAUUUUCACCAAUAUUACAUCAUGCAUUUUGGAAUAUUGGAAAUGCGAAGAGAUAAUUGAAUACGUCUUUUUGAGCAUAUCUCUAAGUAUUGAUGUACUUUUGAUUGCCUUGACUUUGGGAAACCAAUAUCAAUACUUGAUCAGAUUGUUACUAAUUAUCUAAGCAUCAAUAAUAUUUUCAAUAUUUAAAGAUCCUAAGCUUUUAGCGAUCAUGGCUCUAUACCAAUGCAUAAUGAGAUAAUUCAUACAAGCUAAGAGUAUAAUAUUUAAUUACCUUGAAUUUUCAAGUAAUACUUUCAUAUUAAUAAGUUUUUUUUAUUUUGAUAGGUGUCCUGAGUACGAAACUUGAAGUAAUUGACAUCAUACGGUCAACAAUGGCGACAUUUUUCUUUGUGGGAUAUUGGAUUUAAGUUUUCUUCAAAUAGACAUAAAGUAAAGUAGUUGAGAAACAAACAGAACAAAUAACAAUAAAGAUGGAAACUGAAUAAAUUGUCAUCUAGCAUUAGUAAUCUUAACCUUCGUAAACCUAACGAUAUGGAAACAUUCCCGAAAUAAUUCUAGAUGACUUUCUGGCUGUGAUUCAUUAGAAUUAGAAGAUGAAUGAGAUUUUAACUUAAUUGAAUUAUGAAGACUCGAAUAAAUUAUUGCAAGAAAUUAAAAUAACCAAUAUUGAUUCUGUAUCUGAAAGGAAAUUGGGAAAAUGGAAAGAAGAUACCCUGAUGUCCUUAUUGAAGAGGAUUAUAACCAAAAGAUCAGAGAUUUAAGUAUAGGUGUUGGAUUACAACCAUUCAUAAUUUUAGAGAUAUUUAAUAUUGGUUCAUUACAAAAAUUAGUUCGAAAUUCAAUUCAUCCAAGUCAAUGAAAGAGACACAUAUAUAAAGAAGAAAUACCUGAGUUAAAUUCUUUACUAACUGUUCAAAACAUUCUCUCAUGAAUUCGGAACAUUGUUGAAUUAUCUGUUGGCAUUGUCUUAGGUGGCAAUAGAUAGAUUCCCAAGUCAAGUGGGGUUCUUCCAGCCAAUAAAAUCAACAGGAUAGAUAAUGCAUCAUUUCGUGCAAGACAUGGUCGAUUACAGUGAUAUUCUAAAUAAGAAAUUCUAAUUGUAAUUUGGACUUGUCGACGUCGAAGAUUUACUCUAAGAAGUAAUUGGGUACUAUUAAAAGCAAAUUGAAGAGAAGGGUCUAAUCAUAACUUAUUAGAUUAUGCUGGAAGAGAAAGCAAAAUUCUUCGAUGCCAGAAGAUGUAAAUAAGUCUUGAGCAAUCUGAUUGCAAAUGCUCAGAAGUUUACUGUCUCAGGGGGAAUUAAGAUUACAGUGACUGAACAAUCUGGAUUCACAGUAUUUUCCGUUGAAGACAGUGGAUUCGGAAUGAACUAAGAAACUUUCGAUAAUCUAAAUUAAACUUUAGAAACAGAGUUUAAGUCAGAGUAAAAGAUUUCCCAACACACUGCUGGGUUUGGCUUGGGUUGUUAUCUAUCUCAAUAAAUUGCAUUGAAAUUAUCGAAUCUACCAGUAACAGCAGGUGGAGGUCUGAAGUAUGUUAGAUUAGAUAAGGGUAUCCGAGUUUCUUUUCGAGUAAAGAAUUAGCCUUUCGACAUAUUUUAUACAAGUUGUGACAUAUCGUCAGCAAAGUCCGGGAUAUUAUUUAAUGAAAAUGGGUAUUUCGACUCUCGUCAAUCCGUGAUAGACCUACAACUAACGAAUAGACAUAAACCAGUUGACAAUCAUCUACUAUUAACAUUGACUAAAAAAUCAAGUUUAUUGUCAGCUUCGUUCUCGCCAAAUUAAAUAAUUGAUUAUGUAGAACAAGAAUUGAAAUAGGAAAAUGAAAUUAUUUAGAGAAUAAGACAAUUAAUUAUCCAUAAGAAUAGGGAAGGUUAAAAAAAGUCACCUACUUUUGGAGCUUCUGUUAUCGACAUAGCAAGUGUUAAAACAAUUAGAGAGCAACCUCACAUCUUAAUUGUUGAUGAUGAGAUGAUUAAUAUUAUUAGUUUGAAGAUCCUACUUAGUCAGUUCAAUAUCAAAUGCACUUCUGCUUUCAAUGGAUUAGAAGCUUUAAAUAAAAUAAAAGAAUGUAUAAAUGUUAUUGUAAAUAUUUAGCUAAUGAGAAAUUUAAUGUGAUCUUUAUGGAUGUUAAUAUGCCUAUCAUGGAUGGGUUCUAGGCCACAGAACAGAUUCUAAAAUAUAACUAUGAUAAUACCAUUGUUGCUUGCACUGCAUUCAGUGAUGUAGAAACAAAAACUAAGUGUUAUUCUUUGGGAAUGAAAUACUAUAUCAACAAACCUGUUACAAAGCUUGAACUUUUGAAAUUGUUGAAUCACUUGAAUUUAAUUAUAUAAUGA